ACACACACACACUUAGAACACGAACAAGGAAGUAACGACCGCCCAAUCGACCUAAGUUGCGACCCGACAGUGUACAGUGGAAAUGUAAAGACGUCAACAAUAACAACGACAAUACGGAUAAUAAUCACUCACGUCCGUCGUUUAUGUCUGCUACAGAUUUAAUAUGCCAUUCAAGGGAUUCUUAAAACUGUUCGGGCUAAAGAAGAGUGUGUCCGAGAAGAAAGAGAAACCGGUUCGGAAACACCUGUAUGAUGAAGUGAGUGACGAACAAAUUCAGACGGGUAAAAAGGAAGAUUUUAAACGCCGGCCCCGAGCUUACGACGAGAUCGAAAUCGACGACGAGGACGGACCGACGAUGGUGGACGGAUCGCCGGACGGAACGCCGGACGAGCAAUCAUCACGCACAACAAAGUCUCUGAACUACAUCGAGGUAGACGUGCAGCCCCGGGACCCCAGCUCGGAGGUGAGGAGGUCGGACCCGCCCACCCAUUACAGCACGGUGGAGGUCGGGGCGGACGCAGGGACGAACAAGAGAAAAGUUUCCAUUGACCUACAGGAAUGACGUCAUUUGACAAUUCACUCUUAUAACGGGAGAAACAAAACUGAACUGAGACUUGUAUAAAGAAAAAUAUGUAUAUUGAAGUAAAUAUUUUAUAAUAA